UAGACUAUGUUUUGGCUGACUUUUUUCAAUAAUAAUAUGAUUUCUUUACAAUUGAUAAGUUUAAUCUAUUUUUAUUUGAAAUAAAUAUUGAACACAACUGAAAGGCAUUUCAUUUCGUAACAGAAUGCUAUUGCCAAUAGUAAGAUAAGAUGAACUAAAGAUACACCGAUAGUUGAGCCUUUCAUAUGCAAUUUUGAUCAAAAAAUAAUAAUAACCUUAUGUGCAUUAUUCACUAAGAUUCGAUAGGAUAUGGAUAUCGGCGUCUGUGAAGAGAAGAUCCACACCCAUAUCUUAUAUCAAGAAAUCGACCAGCAACUACAACAUUUGAUCGUUAAUUUUGUUAUAUAUCCCAGAAAAGAAUAUUUCAAGAGAGUGAGAGUCUUAUUUAAUUUUUAGUUCUUUUUUGAAUAAAAGUUUUAUAUAUGAUAAUAUUUUCAUAUUCAUAAUCCGUCGAAGUUCAUCUGUCUUGUUAUCAACUAUUACCUAUUAGGAUUUUAUGAGUAUCGAUACCUGUCUAACUUUUCGUGAGUAUACUAAAUUCAUUUAGCAUGAGCCGAGGCUUUCACCCUACGUUGAGAAAGUGUUAGCUUAAUAUUUAGAUUUAGAAUUUUGACGAUGACGAGAAAUUUGUCAGUUGAAGAUUUUCAGGCUCAUAUCUCUUGAUCAUUAAAGGCAUGAAAAUCGUUAAGAACGAGCAAAAUAGGUCAGCUUUAGUGACCCAAAAAAAUCGGCCGAUCCGGUUUCAAGUAUGGUGUAGAUCAACAAAAAACGAAGCAAAAUUCAAUAUUGUAAAAAGAAGAAGACCAUACUUCUAAUAUUCGCUUUCCAUAUUUGGAGAAUUGUUAGACUAUUUAAAAAAGGAAUUUUUCACAAACGAAUUAAUAGCUGAAAACAAUUAGUUUUUACGGCAUUUAUCAUAAAACAAUGUUUGUUUUUUUUUACUUAUUUAGAACUUCUUCCACGUCAUUUACAAAUAAUCUACGAAAUAAACGCUCGGCAUUUAAAAAAUGUACGAGAUCGUUUUCCAUUUGAUGAAGAUCGUAUUCGACGUAUGUCUAUUAUUGAAGAAGGAUCUAUUCAAUUAAUAAAUAUGGCUUAUUUAUCCAUAAUUGGUUCACAUACCGUCAAUGGUGUUGCCCAACUUCAUUCGAAACUUUUACGUGAAUCUAUGUUUAAAGAUUUUUAUGAAUUAACACCAGAAAAAUUUCAAAAUAAAACAAAUGGUGUUACGUUUCGUCGAUGGCUUGCUCUUUGUAAUCCUGAUCUAUUUUCUUUAAUUGUUGAAUGUAUAGGUGAACAAUUUAUACGAAAUAAUUAUCAAUCACUUCAACUUUUUCGUCAUUAUGCUUUAAAUAAAAAUAUUCUUUCACGUAUUCAACAGAUUAAAAUUAAAAAUAAAUUACGAUUAGCUCGUAUGCUUGAAGAUGAAUAUAAUAUUGAAAUUAAUGUUGAAUCAAUAUUUGAUGUACAAAUCAAACGAAUUCAUGAAUAUAAAAGAGCACUACUUUG